CUUGUGUGAGGAUUUUCUUUUUUAACAGCUCAUUCCGUGAAACCAUUUUUUUCCCUUGUUUGCUGUUAGAAAAUGUUGGAGCUGAACAUAAGGCUUUCAUUGCAGGUCAGUGACUGAACUCUUGACCAAAGCAUUUAACAUUUGAGUGUUGCUUUAGUAAGCACUGAAGUUCAGAUGGAAAAAGCAAGUUAAUAAGGUCGUAUCGUGUGAGCCCAUGUGUGCCUGCUACUGGAAUAUGAAUCUUUUUACAUCUGCAGUGUCUGAGUUCUGUGUGGAUGAAUUUACAAUCUUGCUUUUGCAGACAAAUGUACCAAAUUAAUAUUUUAGUGAGAAUUGAGAUUGCUAUUGAGGGAACUAAGAAAGGAUGUAGGCAUAUUUUUAAUGUCUCUCUUCAAGCCGUAUUUGAGGAAGCCAACAUUUUUAGUGCAUCCAUAGGAAGCGUCUCCACUACAGCUUUUCACCACACGAGAGACAGACCGAAGAUGUAGGCAGCUGACAAAUGUGAAAGCAAUGAAGAGGUGUUCUGAGGUUGACAGUGCUUUUCAUAGUACACGCAUUUUCUGGGAAAAGCAUAAGAAGGGAGAUAAACAGGCGAUGAUUUUGGCAAGCUGAGAAGAAGCUGUAGCAGACCAAGAUGUUCCAAAGAGAAGAUCACAUCAAAAAGGUCCCCAGGUUCCAUCAGCCACCUUCUGAUCACAUUGCAGCAACAUAGGUGUUGCCAUGAGGAUCAGGUGUCUGCUUCACAACUUGUCUUUUGGUCCUGCUGGGUAUGCACCAGAGAGAGCUCCAUACAGAGGCAGAGCACACAUUUCAAGAGAGCUGACAAACUAGUUCCUGCACAUACAUGCAUCUGUGUAAGAGUACUCCAAGAUCAGAGGCCUCUGUGGCACUGCAUGGAUAUAAGAACUGUUUCAUGUGUAGGAUUAGACUCUGCUUUUUGAGAUAUGAUGCUCCGACGAGGAUUUAUUCUAUUUCUUCCCCGACUUGUAGGCCUGCUGGUGGUGACCUGUUGCUCAAUGUCUAUUGUUUAUAUGUUGGCUUGCACACCCAAGGGUGACAACCAGCAGCUUGCCUUGCCCAGGGUGCACAGUCCAACUGUGAAGGAGGGAUAUGAAGCCAUUCUACAAGAGCAAGAAGAGCAACACCGCAAUUACAUCAUCAGCCUGAAGAAACAAAUUGCUCAGUUGAAGGCUGAGCUCCAGGGCAGGACUGAGCAGCUUAAAAGCAUGCAGAACCAGUACCCAGACUCCUUGGACAUCCAGUUUGACCACAGUAAGCCAGAAAAGGCCCAGGACAACCUGUUAGCUUUCCUCCGUUCCCAAGUGGACAAAGCAGAGGUGCACAGCGGUGUUAAGCUGUCCACAGAGUAUGCAGCAGUGCCCUUUGAGAGCUUCACCCUCCAGAAGGUGUACCAGCUGGAGACAGGGCUGACACGGCACCCAGAGGAGAAACCUGUAAGGAAGGACAAGCGGGAUGAGUUGAUAGAGGUGAUCGAGUUAGCAGUGGGGAGCUUGAACAAGCCAGAUGGGGUCAGCAAAGCAAAGCCCCGUGUGUACACAGCCUCCGACUUCGUUGAAGGGAUCUACCGCACAGAAAAAAACAAAGGCACAUUGUAUGAGCUGACUUUCAAAGGCGAUGCAAAACAUCAGUUCAAGAAGAUUGUUUUAUUCCGGCCAUUUGGUCCUGUAAUGAAAGUGAAAAAUGAAAAUGUCAAUAUGGCUGACACACUUAUUAAUGUCAUUGUGCCACUGGCCAAGAGAGCCAGCAAAUUUCGGCAAUUCAUGCAGAAUUUCAGGGAAAUGGGCAUUCAGCAGGAUGGGAGAAUUCACCUCACUGUAGUUUACUUUGGAAAGGAACAAAUGAAUGAAGUCAAAUCAAUACUUGAAAAUACAUCUAAGUCAGCCAACUUCAAGAACUUUACCUUUAUCCAGUUGAAUGAAGAGUUUUCCAGGGGCAAAGGAUUAGAUGUUGGUGCUCGAUUUUGGAAAGGAAACAAUGUUGUUCUCUUUUUUUGUGAUGUGGACAUAUACUUCACAGCCGAAUUCUUGAACUCCUGUAGAUUGAACACACAGCCAGGGAAGAAGGUAUUUUAUCCUGUUCUGUUCAGCCAGUAUAACCCCAGUAUAAUUUAUGGUCACCAUGAUUCCAUCCCAUCUUUAGAACAACAGCUGACUAUUAAAAAAGAAACUGGAUUUUGGAGAGACUUUGGUUUUGGGAUGACUUGCCAGUACAGAUCUGAUUUUAUCAACAUAGGUGGCUUUGACCUGGACAUUAAAGGCUGGGGUGGUGAAGAUGUGCAUCUGUACCGCAAGUACCUUCACAGCAACCUCAUGGUGAUCCGAACGCCUGUCAGGGGUCUCUUCCAUCUGUGGCAUGAAAAGCAGUGUCUGGAUGAGCUGACUCCAGAGCAGUACAAAAUGUGCAUGCAGUCCAAAGCCAUGAAUGAGGCUUCUCAUGGCCAGCUUGGGAUGCUUGUUUUCAAGCAAGAGAUUGAGACACACCUGCAUAGACAGAAAUUGAGCAAUAAGAAGACAUGAAUCCAGAAAGGGAGGUUUAAAGCCUCUGAAUUGGACUUUAGGGUGUUUUGGAAAAGAGGUAUUAACCAGAAAAGUUGGGAUGAGACUGAAGGAGGAUGGAGAUUCCAGCAGGAUGGCAGGAAAAGAAGAGGGAAAAGUCUGUCCUCCCUACUAUUGUUUUAAUUCUAGUGGGGCUUUUAAGUACUCCAUUAUUCUGACUGUUCAGCACUUGCUUCUGGGGAAGACUUGAACACUUGAUGAGAUUCAAGGUCACAUCAGAGAGACAAUGAACGUUAUGUGGUAUUAUGUGACCAGUGUGGUAUUCACACUAACAAAUGGAUGUGCUUUUCCUUUGAAAUAUUUGUAAGAUGUGCACAGUUAUUUAAAGGAUUGAUUUUUUGGUGGUCCAAUAAUUAGGAGUUAUUUUUUACAUCUAACUUGACAUAUCUAAAAAGGGCUAUUUUUGAAUAAGUACAGAGACUCUUGCUGUGAGAAGGACAUCUGAUUGCUAACCACGGUAAAACUGGAGUGACCAAAAAUACUUUUACUUUAAGGGGCUGGGAAGGGGAGCAGCAGCAGUGCAUUAAAAGGCCAUUUUCUGUUCAUCCAGAGAAAGAGAUUUCUCAGAAAGUGCUUUCUAAACUUAAGAGACAGGUCAAGUGUGACCCUGUGGACAGUGAUCCAAAAGCAAUGAGCCACAUCUGUAUUGUGUGAAUCAGAUCAUGUAUUUCUGCUUUAGAAUGCUGUAUGUAUUUCAAGAUUUAUUUUUAAAUUAAAUUUAUUUGUCUUGGGAAUUAUUUUGCCAUACUUCAAGUUUUCUACUUCUAGCCUUAGUAGGAAACAGUACAGCCUUGCAAUGCUUCGAAAAUGCUCUGCAGAUCUGUGUUCCUGUGGACAGGAGCUAGUUCAGAAGUGAUUUUUCUACACAACCUGGUCACUGGAAGGCAGAAGUUUUAUCAUGCUGAAGAAAAGGAAAUACAUAUCAACUUGCAGUACUGAUUUAGCAGGAGGCUUUAAACUCCAAAUGCCAGAUACAAACAGUGAUGAACAUUUUCUGACUUUAUACCAAAGUACUUCUUCUAAACCAAAUACAGAGUCUUGUCCAGGGUAUAGAAAGCUUUUUGUAAUUAACAAAUAAA